AUGAUGACCAGUCCGCGCGAGAGUGCAACUUCUCGACUUCGUCAAACGCUUAAUCCUUUGCGGACGACGGCUCUAGGCGGAUUCCACAACCAGCUGAACACACCACAUUCUGCAGUUUCAAUCAGCUCAUCGCACACUUUCGCCGGGCUUCACACGCCGGCGAGUUCUGUACAACCCUAUAAUCCUCAAGAAUGGGUGCCUUCUCCUGUGGCCGGUCCUGAGCGAACGCGACAGUUCCCUCCACCAUCGUCGCUACGCGAUUCACAAUCGGCAGCUCCCGCGCCACCUCCGCCUUAUUCCCCUCCGCGCAGUCAGGGACCGGCUAGCACCGUUUAUGAGACGCCUCCGGCAAACAUCUCUGCAGUUCGGGUUCCCGCUUCGAGCGUUCAUCGUCCUUCUCCGGAACCAGCGAAUAGUCAGAACUUUCCUCCGCCGCCGGGCUCAAAUGGGCGCGGUGCUUCUCGUGAAAGGCGCUUUGGUCUACCGUCUUUAACUCGACGGAGAGAUCGAGGCACACCUGAAUCAUCGCCUCCUGAUCCUCAUCCUCCCACUUCAAUAUCCCGACCACAACCGCUUGCAAUUCAGGUCCCUACCCCAGUAAACCCGUCAAAUCCAGCAGAUCCUAAUCUCUUCGUUGCGCCCCCUAGUGCGCGCAGAGCGGCAUCUGCGAGCGCAAUUGACACGCCGACUUCAGCGCGGUCCAGAUCGGCUUCUCAAUCGAGAUGGGAGCCCGGCAUGCCUCUACCUCCACCGCCGCCGGGACCUCCUCCCACUCAGUCCCGAUCCCAAAGUCUCAAUAGGACCACCGAUCCUGUCGUCUCUCCUCCUACAAGGCGGCCACCUCCUAGUGGAGUAACUGCUCUUGGCCCCGUCCCGCCAACUCCUGCCGACUGGGUCAAUGACGAACGUCAGGCCGCCCGUGGUAAAUCGACUAAUCCGCUUGGAUUAACAAUUGAUACGUCCGCCGCCGCCGCCGGGUCUAGUUCCCAGGCUCCCCCUGAGUCGGGAUCCGCAUCGGGCUCUGCCGGCCUCAAUAGGACUGGUGCUGUCCGAGGUGAAAAGUCCUUGCGUGAAAGGCGGAAUGAGAGUCGAACACGACAGAGACCUGAGGAUGGUAUUCAGCCUUUAACUGACAUUAUAGUUCCUAGCGGAUCGGGCGUAUCUAGAAAAUUUUCGGUCCAUAAAGGAACUCCACGAAGCGGUGGUAAAUCAAUAGCCGACGUGCCAAGAUCUGGUGACGACGUGAACUUCGACUCUAGAAACUCAACACCUCGUCCGUCUGCCGGGCUCCACCCAGAGACGCCGACGCCACCCUUUUCACCGCGUCCGCAAAAGGGAUAUCCGGUCACAGAACCGGGCCACGCCAUCGCUCCGAAAGCCCUUCCCACCCCGCCACCGCAAAGCCGGUCCGCCUCUAACUGUUCCCAAGCACGGCCUGAAAUUCAAAAUUUGAUGAAUGCCCUUUCACCAGCCGCUUAUCCCACAACCAAACAAGCCGUAAUCGGCCAGACGGCAGAGCAGUUCUGUCGAGGCAGCAUAGAGCGCUUUCAAGCAUUCGCCAACCAAGAAGCCGUUGCGGGAUCGGAUGCCGAGCGAGUUAAGCUCUUUACUGACUUCAUAGUCAAUGAGUCUAGGUUACGGCGUGAAAGAUAUGCAACGGCUAUCGGAGCGAUGGGAUCUGAGAUCUUUGAUCUGACGCGGGAUUUAUUCCGCCCUAUGAAGGUUCGGCGCGACUCAUCUAACUCACAGUCCGGUGAAUGGACGCCACAGAUGUCCGAGACGAGGUCACAACGAAACUCAAUGAAUUCUGUCUUCCGUGAACAAGUCCAGUCAAAUUCAGCUCCAGCUUCAGCAAACCUUCCUGCCUCUCCCUCUCCCAUGAAUGGAACGCCUGGAAACACGAACUGGAACUCGCAAUAUAUGCCAUCGCUAUCACCCAUUCUUAGCAUGAGCGUUAGUGAGCAUCCUGAUGAAUCUAGUUCUCGAGGACGGCCGGCGAGUCGGUGGUGGGAGACCGAAUCCGGCGGGGAAGGCAAUAGAAUAGAAAGGACAAAACGAGAAUCGAAGUAUAUGGGUGUACCUAAAGAAGCUAGAGAAGCUUUACAGUGGCAGGAUACACCGGGAAGCAUGGAUAGUCUCGCCGGACCCAGUGAACAACAUUACGCAGAAAACGAAUACCCUCCUGAAAAGGUUGGGUGGCACGAAUCGAAGCAGACGCCAACGCCUCAUCCAUUCAGAAACUCACUCUUAUCCGUGGCCUCGUCAGCACCAAACACGCCGAGUCCAUCUCAACUUGACAUAUCGCGACUCGUGACACUUCCACCACCAUAUCCGCGUCACCACCCCGCGGUAAAUAACAACCACCCAGAACUCUCCUCUACGCGCACUCUCGUGCGAGCCCUCAGCGACCUGCGAGAAGUCCAAGCAACCAAAGACCGCUUCCAGCAAGACACGCAGCGAGCGCGGGACGAAGCCGCGCAAGCAGCCAGCACGCGCCAAAAGUCGCUGCGCGCAAACCUGCACCAGGAAAUCAGCGCAGGCAACAUGUCGUACGCCGAAGCGGCGGCCAUCGAAGCCGACACGCAGGCGUCGGAGAACGCGAAGGCCAAGGAGGUCGAGAAGCAGGAAUUCGACCGGUUCCAGAACGCGGUAGUAAUGCCGCUGAACGAGCUACUAACAAGCCGCAUCGCGCAGGCGUCUUCGCUCUUCGACGAGCUGCGCUCGCGCCUGUUCGUCGAGACGCAGGCGCCCGACCCCAACAUGCCGCAGGAGGAAGGCGACGAGCAGCCGGAGCUGCUGGAGAAGCUAACGCUGCUAAAAUGGAUCUUCGAGGCGCGCGAGAUGCUGCACCGCGAGAUCUACGACCUGCUCAGCGACCGCAACGACCGGUACAAGGAGAUGGUGGUCACGCCGUACCGGCUCUCGGGCAACGAGGAGAAGCUGCGGACGGCCGAGGCCUUCUUCGUCGACGACGCGGAUAAGCGGCGUCUCGCGUUCGCGAGCGAGGUUUUGCAAAGGACAAGGGAGUUCCGCGACGUCGUCGAGGAGAACGUCGUCCGCGGCGUCGACAUGCAGCUCAACGCGUUCUGGGACCUCGCGCCGCCGCUGAAAAGGCUGCUCGACAAGAUCCCCGCGUCCCUGGACCAGCACUUCCGCAUCCAGAUCCCGCACGCGGAGUUCGAGGAGAACCCGAGCUACCACACGCACCCGCUGCAGUACCUGUUUAGUCUGCUGCUGCACGCGGAGAAGAGCACGUACCAGUUCAUCGAGUCCCAGACUAACCUCUUAUGCCUGCUGCACGAGGUCAAGGAGGCGGUUACGAGUGCGCGCGCGAAGGUCGGCGAGGCGGAGGGCCGCGAUCCGAGGGUUGUUGAGGAGGAACGUGGGGUGGAGCAGACGCGACUUACGGACGACCUUAAGGAGAAGGUGCGCGUUGUCCAGGAUCAGUGGGAGGGCGCGCUCGGCGAAGCCAUGAAGGGCGUCAAGGAGCGUGUAGGCGAGUGGCUGUUGUCGACGGGUGGUUGGGAUGAGAGCCUUGAAGAUGGAGGCGUCGGCGGUGGCUAA